AACAACCUAAAAGUUUAUGCAGACCAGACAAGAGACCACCACAAUCGCGGAAUCGCCAUCUACUCCAAAUGAAAAUACAUAUUUAUAAAUUUAAGAUACCCAAAUACCUAAUUAUGUCUCAGGAUCUAUAAUGAAUAAUCAUCAAUAGUUAAGAAAUAAUAAAAAUAUAAAAUGAAUGAAGAAAACAAUAAGUUGCCUAAAUCAGUUUUAAGUUAUUAUGUGCAACUUUACUGCAAAAAAAGAAAAAUCGAUACGAAUAAAAGCAAAUAUAAAAGUUUGGUAUCAGAAGCCACAAGAUCGUGGUUAAAUCUGAGUGCUUCCAAGAGAAAAAUAAUAACAAUGAAGUAUGAAAAUUGGUAUCUAAAAUUACGGAAACGGUUUGCUGAUAAAUUGCGGAACACCAUACCAUUUUCAAAUAAAAGUCAAGCAAAAGGAUCCAGCACAGGUGACAUUAACAGGACACACUCUUUAGAAGAUGUAUGCAAUAUCACAUUGGAACACUCAGAAAUUGAAAAUGACCAGAGUUUUAAUAAAAAUAACCAAAGUAUAUGUUCACCAGAUCAUCAGGAACAAAUAAUUGAAUCAAAUAGUACACACCAAGAGGAAGAAACAAAUCAAUCACAACUUCCCAAUGCAUCAAUUGUUAAACCAAGUCCACCCCAAUUCAGAACUACAAAGGAGCUCUAUUAUAUAAUUAAUAAAAAUACUGAAGAUCUAGACCCAUGGUCGAGCUUAACAGAAAAUCAAAAGAAAAAAUAUUCAAUCGCUGCAACUCGUAUUAAAAGACUUUACCUUAUGGAAUAUACAAAUUAUUUAGAAAAUCUAUCAACUGAAGAACUUUAUAAACAGUAUAAAAGUAUACAUGAUACAUAAAUAUGUAAUAAUUAUUUUUCAGAAAUAUUGAAACCUUUUAUAUAUUUUCAUGAUUCAAAAGCACUUCUAAAUGCAUUCUAGAUGUUUAAGUUUGAGUUUAUUGGAUGUAAAUAAAUAAAAAUCAAUAAUUUGA